GGGAAAAAAAGAGGAAAACAAGAUGGCAGCAGGCUCGGAUCACGGGCUCAAACGAAUAGUUUGGAAAAGAAUAAAAGACACAAUAAUUGCAGACUGUAAGAAAUCUGAAGUAUGGAAGAUACUGAUUUUGGACCCCUUCACUACCAAGAUUCUCUCAUCAUGCUGCAAAAUGUCCGAUCUAAUGGAAGAAAGAAUAACAAUUGUGGAGGAUCUCUUCAAAAUCAGAGAGCCUGUACCUGAAAUGAAGGCCAUCUACUUCAUGACGCCUACCUCCAAGUGUGUGGACGCCUUCAUAGCUGACUUCAAACCCAAACCGAAAUACAAAUCGGCUUAUGUUUAUUUCACAGACUACUGCCCUGAUGACCUGUUUAACAAUAUGAAGCUUUACUGUGCAAAGUACAUCCGUGUCUGCAAGGAAAUCAACAUUUCCUUCUUACCACAGGAGGCCCAGGUGUUUACCUGUGAUGAUCCGGGGGCUUUCCGAAAAAUCUACAGUCCUCACAGUCAGGAGAAAAGGAAGACAUUGGAGACUCUGGCAGACCAGCUCGUCACCCUCUGUGCCACGUUGAACGAGAACCCGGGGGUCAGAUACAAGAAAGACGACAAAAUGGUGAACGCCAAAACUCUUGCAGAGCUGGUCGACGACAAGCUUUCCAAACACUAUGAGUUGGACGACAGCGGGAAGAAGAAGGAGAAGACUCCAGCCCAGCUGCUGAUCGUAGAGCGAGGUUUCGACCCAGUAAGCCCCAUCCUCCAUGAGCUCACCUACCAGGCCAUGGCCUAUGACCUCAUUGAUAUCCAGAACGACACCUACAAGUACAAGUCCAAAGACGGCUCAGAGAAGCAGGCUCUGCUGAACGAGGAUGACAUGCUGUGGGUCAAACUUCGACACAAACACAUCGCCGAGGUCUCAGAACAGAUUCCUAAAAUGGUAAAGGAAAUAUCUGCCAGUAAAAAACAGCCUGAUGGGAAGAUCACAAUAAGCAACCUGGCACAAAUGAUGAAGAAGAUGCCUUCGUUCCGAAAGCAACUGACCGAGAAAACCAUUCACCUGCAGUUGGCUGAGGAUUGCAUGAAAUUUUUCGCAAACAACGUGGAGAAACUCUGCAAAGCUGAGCAGGACCUGGCUGUUGGUUCUGACGUUGAUGGGGCAAAGGUCAAGGAUCCCAUGAGGACUCUGUUGCCUGUGCUGCUAAACCCAUUCAGCAAACAUGACAAGAUCAGAGCUGUGCUGCUCUACAUCUUCAGUGUAAAUGGAACAACUGAAGAGAACUUGAACAAAUUUAUCCAACAUGUUAAAAUCGAAGAUGAGCGAGAGUUUAUCCUGAACUGGAAAGAGCUGGGUGUCCCGAUCAUCACAACGCCUAGUUUAUUUUCCCGCAAGCCAAGCCGACGAGAGCGAUUGGAAGAGGAAACCUACAACCUUUCAAGAUGGACUCCAGUCAUCAAAGAUAUAAUGGAGGAUGCUGUGGAGAACAAACUGGACACCCGAGUAUGGCCGCACCAAUCCGAGUGUCCUGCUGCCUGGAAUGGAUCUGGAGCUGUCAGCGCCCGCCAGAGAAACAAACCCAGCUCCCAGGAUGAUCGCCGGACUGGUUCACGCCUCAUCAUCUUUGUUAUUGGGGGCAUCACCUACUCUGAGAUGCGUGCCGCCUAUGAGGUCACCCAGGCGGUAAAAUCCUGCGAGGUCAUCGUAGGGUCUUCUCAUAUCUUGACUCCCAUAAAUCUUCUGGAAGACAUUAAAGCUCUGAGCAAAGGUCCAAUGGAAACCUUUACAAUAGAAGAAAGGAGCAACGCCUGAGUUUCAACAUCUCGUAUCACUCAGCUCAGCUUGCUGAUUGGAAAACAGAAGGGAAUUUACCUGUUUCUUAACUUUUUUUUUUUUUCUUUUUACUGAAUGCACAUUUAUGUUUGCAGGUAUGAGGACAAAUUCUGCUUUAUUAUUUUCAUUCUACUUGUCAGACUUUCUUAUUUGUGUUCAAAUAUGACCUGUCUAUAAUGUUUGUUGCUUCACAGUUAGAUUGCAUUUUAAUAUUAACUAACCUCAUCCUACUGACCGCAACUAUAUCUUAAAGUAUCACUAAUGCAUUGCCGUGCUAACCUUUCUUCUUAAAGAAAGACGCUCAAAAGCAUUCAGAGAAAAAAUAGCUGUGGGGAAAUAAAAGCACAAAGCUGCUGUAUAUACUGUAUGUAUCGACCAAGUCCAUGCUUUAUCAUUUUGACUUCUCUGAUCACUGCCGAUUAGUAAACACUUAAUAUAAUGUGUUUUUUUUUUUUAUAACUACCUACAUAUUUUCUUGGGAUUGAACAACUGACUAAUAAAUGGAUGAAGUAGUUCAACUCUUAAAAGCAAUUUUUAUGA